GAACUUGGCGCAAUCUCAUAGAUAUAAGCGAAACGGAAUCUGACGUUGAUAGUUUAAGUUGAUAUGAACUUCUUGUAAUUACAUUAUCAUAUUUAUAAGAAAUUUUCAAAUUGUGAUUUCAGUUGUCUACUAUUGAAAAUAUUUAUUCUAGGUGAUUACGAAACAAACAUUAAUUUAACAAAUAUGAUUUUGAAAUUAGCGGCGAUUGCGUUGGCGCUGACACUCGUUCAAUGUUUCGAGCCUGACGAGGACUUCCAGUUAGAGCUGUCCAGGGUGAAGAACUCGAACCCAGAGGACUUCCUGUGUCAGUUCAUGAACUCCGAUGACUGCAAAGCGAUGCUUAACGCGACAGUGGAGAAGGGCGAAGCGAACGGCAAGAUGGUGGUUACAGGAGCCGCUGCUGAGAUAGCCCUGUUUGAUGCGUGCAACCCCCGUGAGAUGACGAUUGCCAUUCCGCGCCACCAGGACCCGGAUAUCACCGUGUUCCCCACGUGCACACGUGUCAAACGGUGCGGAGGAUGCUGCACGAGCGACGUGUUUUCUUGCGAACCGACGGCGACACAAGAGAAGUAUCUUAGAGUGUUCGACACCCGGUUGCCGUACCCAGGGGCUCACCGGUUCCAGUUUAUGGGCACGCGCGUCGUCACGGUGAUAGAACACACGCAGUGUGAUGCCCAGUGCAAGACCAAGUCACAUGAGUGCCACAAGUACCAGGUUUACGAGGACCGGAAGUGCCGUUGUGUGUGUCGCCCGGAGCGUCAAGCGCUGAUGGGCACAUGCAGCGGCGCGCAGAUCUGGGACGACUCCGAGUGCGACUGUAUCUGCCCAAACCGGAACACCGUCUCGUGUCCCGAGCCGUCGUACUUCAGUACGACCACGUGCAAGUGCACGCUGAAGACGGAAGUGACGGGCGAGAUCGACCUGGACAAGCUGUUCGAGCAGCUCGUGGGCUCCGACCUCAUCCUCAAGGGAAAAGAAAAGGAGGACUCUGACAUCGACCUCAUUGCGGUACCCGGCAUCCUAGACGGCACGGGCACUGACGGCGUCGACACCGAGGUGAUCGAUGAGACGACACCGACGACGACGACGACGAGCACCACUACGACCGAGCCGACGACGACCACUACCACUAUGUCAACGACGACAACAACGGAAACCACGACGACGACGAAACCAAUGCCGCAUCCUUGCGCCAGCACCAAGUGUUUCGGCGUCUGGAAGCCAGUUUUGCUGAAGAAUAACCGCUGUCAGUGCAUGCCGCCUAACUCUGGUUAGGGCGCCCCCUACAGUCCGGAUUAGAAGCGCGAUAGUGUUCAGAUGGCGCCGUUUUGUUCGCAUUUCCUGUUUAAUUUUAAUAAUUCAGACGACGAGCAAGUGCAACUUGAAAAAUUAUUACUAUUAUGUAUAACUGUAUUUUCUGUUUCGUGUUAGUUUGUAUUUCAUUUUGUGUGCGUGCCAUUAGAAAAAGUAAAGUCGAAAUGCAUUCAGAGUGAAGAGAAAUAAACAGUUCUUCGAUACUAUGAUACCUAUCGUUAGAUUAGGAUACUAUGAUAUCUAUCGUUAGAUUAGGAUACUAUGAUACCUAUCGUUAGAUUAUGAGACUAUGAUACCUAUCGUUAGAUUAUGAUACUAUGAUACCUAUCGUUAGAUUAGGAUACUAUGAUAUCUAUCGUUAGAUUAGGAUUCAGAUUAACGAGAGUGUAUCUGUACAUUAAGAGAAGUAAAGUUAAAACUACAGGCAUAUUGAUCAUACGAAUUUGUCAAUGAUUGGAUAUAAUAACUAAUAAUAGCUGUGCUUUUUGACUAAAUGUGGAUGGGUUGUGUUGGUGUAAAAUCAGACGUACACAAAAACACCCAAUGUAUAACGUAAAGGCCAACAACACUACACGGGGCUCAUGCGGAUACUUCGAUUACGGAUGGCACUUCGAUAAUAUCUGGAUGAUUAUAUGACGAGAACGGAUGAUUAUAUGACGAACACGAUACAAUUCCAUUCGAAAAUCAGCAUGAAUAUGAUGAUUAGUAGAUACAUGUAUUUCAACAAAAUAAAAAAAAUCAGGAACGUGCUUACUAUUAGAAAUGAAGAUCAAUAUGUAUCUAUGUAUGUUACAAGAUAUUAAAUGUGUAGAUAACUAACGUAUUUGAUAAAAUUCUUAUGUUUUAAGA